CAAUGCGUAUUUGUCUAGGUUAUAGACCCAAAAUUAGAUGCGAAGUUCCUCAACUACUUUUAGAUUUGAUGAAUAAAUGCAUAGACGCAGAACCUCAAAACCGACCAACUGCUAAGGAAUUAUCUACUACGCUGUAUAGUUUUUUUGAAGAUUUGAAAAACAAAAAAACUGAAUUAUAUAAACAAGUUAAAAAUAUUAAAAAUCUAGACAAAAACUUAUUAACAUAUGGUCAAGUUAAAUAUCAGACACAUCCACAAGCUAUUUAUACGAGUCGAUCUUUGAAUCUUUCAAAACUCUCUAAACCAGUAAAUGCAGUAAGUCGACUUAUUGAUUAUGAAAUCCCCAAUGAUCAAGUAAAUGAAAGUUGUUAUGCCAUACUACAAUAA